UUCCACUUCCAGGUUAAACACCACCACCCCAACCGACCUUUCUAAUUGAGAAAUAAUCAUCAUCAUCAUCAUCCACGCAUCACAAAUUAUAUUCUCAUACAUAAUAAUUUUGGGAACCACUUUAAAACAUGCAUAUCCAUGCAUGAUUAUACCGCCCAUACCAUAAACAUUUCAAUCCAUUAUUAGCACUUAACUAUCCAGUUACUUUCUUUACCCCUCCUUGAAUGAGAGGACUAAUUCUCAUACUUAUACCCAUUAUGCAUCCCCAAACAGGAGAGAACCCUCACCUGUAACUCUUAAGCUUUAUCAUCCUUCCAUCACAUAAGGACUUGGCGGAACCCCAAAUUACAACCGCCAACAAACUACCUUCCCUCCCUUUCAUUUUGUUCCAUCAUUAAAGAAAGAGGGUCUUACCUUUAGUAGUUAGUACCCGUAUACCAAACCCUGUGGCUUCUACUCUCUCCUACUGAUGCAGAUGAAACUCAAGAUAGCGAUAAGGAAAGGAAAGUUAUGAGAAGCUUCUGUCGUUCUCUCUCUCUUGAACCUCAAGGAGGAUGGACGGAUAAGGAAUGCAUGUCACUCUUCUCCCUCAAAGCUAAUCUAUCCAGACACCCACCUCCUUGUUCAUUUAAUAGACUGUUGAAGGGGUGGCUACGUGUUAGCUAGUUAUUUUAGUAUGGAAAAUGAAACUUUGUGUGUCUCUAGAAGCAGAUGGAACACCCAAGAUAAUGACUCCCUUCCUUUGCCUUAGUGGAACUAGUUGACUUCUCCCUUUUCCAAAACCAAUUUAACUGUUUACUCGAAUAAACCUUUGAUGUUAUGGGUUGUGGUGUCAGGUAAUGUACAACGAUAUAAUUUGUACUUGGAUCAUAAUGAACUAUAACGUUUCAUCAUUAUUCACUAUCUUAGAUAAAUAACUAGUCCCAAAAAUUCUCAAUAUAUUCCAUAAUUGACCAUUGUUUAAUAGAUGGUAACACCUAUUCAAAUAUUUACUCACGACAUACGCGUAAUCAAACAGUCUAAGAAAGAGCGGGUGUGACAGCAUUACUAUACCGAAAUUGGUCUCGUGGAAACUAGAUAAGUGAUUUCAAGCAAAGUAUCUCACGAUUCAAAAGACAAAAACCCUAUUACCCCUCAUUUGAUGGAGACCAAACUUUCUCUGCAAAUAUAGCAGUAGUUGAGGUACCAUUAAUUCGGUAUCAAAAUCUCACAUUCUUGAUGACCAAUCUCACAUAACAUGAUAGAACUAUGGAUAUCUAGGGCUUCAGAAUGAUAUGAAUAAUUGGAAGUUAGAGGGAAAGAGAGGAGCUGAAGCUCUUGGAAGAGAGGGAGAGAAUUCGGACGUGGGAGUGAGAGAGAGAGAGUUAGGUUUAGGGUUUCUUAUAAUACUUUCUUAAUGAAAAUAAUCCCAGCUUACAUAAUAUAAACCCAAAAUAAUUAUCCUUUGCUACCCAAAGAAUAUAUCCUAACCCUAAUAAUCCCUCAACUAUCUGAAUUAUAAAUAAUGACAAAUAAUCCCGAUUCAUAAAACCUUAAAUAAUUAUGUUUCUAUCAUCCCUCUCCACUUCGAAACCAACUUGCCCUCAACCCCAACUCAUCCUUCUGGUCCUCUCGCUCCAUGGCUGCCCACUUCUCGGCCUCGUCUUCCUAGCGCCCCACUAGCAUCAUCAGCUCCGAUUUCGCGCACUGAUGAUAAACGGUGAACCUCUCAAAGCAAUUGAAACGCUUUCCUUCCCACCUCUUCUGAUCGAUUUCUACAGGAGAUCACCUGUCGAACCUAUUCGGAAUCAUUCGUGGUCCCGGCCAAGUAGUUCCUGCCGUCGUCGCCGGUGUCGCGUUGCCCCUUCCCCGGGCGCCGGUUUGGCUCCUCCACCUGCUCCGCCAGACGCGCUGCCACUAGCCCCUCCACUGAUCUUUUGGAAGCACCUCAUUGUACUUCACCAGCUAGCAAUUUCUUCCUCCUUACGCUCUGCAAUGCGAAAGGCCGUUCUUAAGGAGUCAAGCUCAAAUACCUUUAGUGCAGCGUCGAUCUCCAGUCGCAGUCCGGCCAUGCACAUGCCAACCAAGAUCUCCUCGGGCACCCCCUAGCACAUGUUUCCCAUCUUGAGAAACUUUUCUCGAUAGUUGGCCACGGUCCCGGUCUGUCUCAGCUUUGUCAACUGCUCGGGAGCCCACCUUCCGAUCGCCCGAACUGGUAACGUAGCUCCUCCUGAAAACGGGGCCACGUAAUUGGGGUCUCCGUCUCUUCAUAGGACCGCUCCAUCCAUUCCCACCACUGCAACGCAACACCCUCCAAAUAGAACGACACCAAAUGUGCCUUCCUCUCCUCUAGAACCGGGAGUUUCCUGAACCAACAAAUUUGUUUAGUCGGUCCCAAAUCUUACAUGGCGAAACUCUUGCUUAGAUCUUUCUUCAAAACACCUAUCUUUAUGCGAUCAUGUCCGACAAUCAACAUAUCAUCAACAUAAAGUAAAAGUAUGAGAAAGUC